AUGGCGUGUGCAUUGCGCAACGGUACUGCUGCAAAACUUGGCCAGUCCGAGCAGAUCAUGUUCAACGACUAUCCGUCUUCGACAACCGUUGCCUGCACAACAUCGCUCGCGCAUGGUGAGAGCAUCGCUUCGCGUUCCCGUAUUCGAGGAAAUCUGCACUUAUAUCUGGUGUAUCUACCCGCUGAUUAUAAUCCCAGGAUCUCCAAUGUAAAUCAGCUUCCAGUGCCUCCCGUGUCGACUCCAAACCUGUCACUGGAUUCGCCGGACCCUAAUAUGCCUUCAUCCUCGGACGCCUUAUCCUCCUCCCGUUCUGGUCCAAUCAGCGGAUCAGCACCGGAUGUAGCAUGCGCGGGCGAAGUCGCUACAGCGUCUACUUCACUCCCUGUCCCCUGCUCUACACGGACUUCCGUGGUUGAGCGUGCUUCCAUAUCCGGUCCGUCUAAUGUAACGGAACCAGGUGCCAGUUUGACUCCAGAGACAAACGGUGUCACCCAAAGUGUGGACGAUAGCUCUGUCGAAUUAGUUGAAGAGCCUCUUCCGCCGGGUUGGGAUGAACGGAGAGAUCAAAACGGUCGGACUUAUUAUAUCGAUCAUGUGAAUAAGAGAACCCAAUGGGACCGACCUGUGUUUCAACUACCAGAAGGUUGGGAGCAACGCAGUGAUACAAAUGGUCGUGUGUACUAUGUUGAUCACAUCAAUCACGUGACCACUUGGUACCAUCCACUAUCAGAACACAAAUACGGUGCAGUGAACGUCAAUGGUCAGGAACAGGCUGAUAAUGCACCUGCGAAACUUGCAGGCUUAGGUUAA